UGUAACUAGGAACAUAUUCCAUUUUGUGGGAAAGUGAUAGAAUCAGAUACUUCGUGUUCCCACAUCAUUUUUAAGGAUGAUUCUGAUUCAGAUAUUAGUUUUUUCGAGUAUUCUUUGUUUAUUACCGAGUGGUUAUGGUUUCCCCCAAGGUGGGAUAGAUUUUGAUAAGCCGACCAGAGUUAUCGAGAGAGAUGGAGCCAUCAUAAAAAUUUACCGUAAAACUACAGAACCGCCUAGUCCUGGACCUGAUCCCACCCCUGGACCUGAUCCCACCCCUGAACCUGAACCCGGUCCUGUGUCCGGCCCCAGCUCUGAAUCUGAACCUGAUCCUGUGUCCGGUCCCAGUUCCGAAUCGGAACCUGGUCCUGUAUCCGGACCCAGCUCUGAAUCUGAACCUAAUCCUGUGUCCGGUCCCAGCUCUGAAUCUGAACCUGAUCCUGUAUCCGGUCCCAGCUCUGAAUCGGAGCCUGAUCCGGUAUCCGGUCCCAGCUCGGAAUCGGAACCCAGUUCUGAAUCGGACACUUCGGACUCUGACGAAAAUAUCAUACCUGGUCCGGAUUCGGGAGAAGGCCCCGGUCCCAUAUCCAGCCCCAGCUCAGAAUCUGAACCCAAUCCUGUAUCUGGUCCUAGCUCGGAAUCAGAACCGGAUCCUAUAUCUGGUCCCGGCUCUGAAUCUGAACCCAGUUCUGAAUCGGACACUUCAGACUCUGACGAAAAUAUCAUACCUGGUCCGAAUUCUGGAGAAGGCCCCGGUCCCAGCUCAGAAUCUGAACCCGAUCCCGUAUCUGGUCCUAGCUCGGAAUCAGAACCGGGUCCUGUAUCUGGUCCCAGCUCGGAAUCUGAACCCAGUUCUGAAUCGGACACUUCAGACUCUGACGAAAAUAUCAUACCUGGUCCGGAUUCUGGAGAAGGCUCCGGUCCCAGCUCAGAAUCUGAACCCGAUCCCGUAUCCGUUCCCAGCUCUGAAUCUGAACCCGGCCCUGCAUCCGGUCCCAGCUCUGAAUCUGAACCCGGCCCCGCAUCCGGUCCCAGUUCUGAAUCUGAACCCAGUUCUGAAUCGGACACUUCGGACUCUGACGAAAAUAUCAUACCUGGUCCGAAUUCUGGAGAAGGCCCUGGUCCUGUAGUCGAUCCCAGACUUGACUCAAAUUCCAGUGGAGACUCUGAGCCUGACGUAAAUCCAGGACCCGGUCUGAAUCCCGAUGAUUCAGACUCGGAAGAAAAUUCUGGAUCUGGUCCUAAUUCCCCCGAAAAUUCCGAUUCAGAAGAAAAUUCGACUGGCCUUCCAGCAAUCAUCCCAGGAGAUGAUUCUGAUGAAGAUCCAUCUCCUGGAGUCCCGCCUAAGCCCUGUCUAGGUACUGGCUGGCGCUUAAUUCCAGGGUGGUUCAUUUGGCAACGAAAAGCCCCAGUGAAAAAUCGGCAGGACCAUAGUCCUCUACUGCUAUAGUAAACAUUAAAUAUCUGAAGAAUGGAAAUCAUCAUUCCAGCGAUCAAUAAUGAACAUCGAAAAAAUUCCACUUGAUUAACAACAAAGUACAUUGAUUCGGCCAAGGAAAUCCAUAAUUAUUAAGUGAAGUCAAUAGGAACCGAGCAUAUAUAAUAAAUAAUAAUAAUAAAUAUUCAACUAGCA